CGGCUGAAGUUUGGACAGUGAACCGCUGCUGGAGGCAAUGUGGAUAUAGUGUUCAGGUUGUCAUUUUAACUGUCUGAAGAGUUACGUAGUUACGUACACUGAGGAGAAAUGUAGAUAAAGUUUUUGUUUCUCUCUCUUUUUCUUUUCCCGGUCGUGUGGCUGCUCUCCCUCAAGCGCUUUUACAUGCGGACUGUCAUUCAGAAAUACUACAGCCUGCAUUUUGAGUGUUCACGUGUUUGACUUAAGACUACAUAUCUUCGAUUUUUUUUCACAUAAUCUCAUAUUUAUCGCUCGGUAAGUUACAGCCAACUUUGUUUAGUUUGUCAAAGUCAUUUACUACAAGCUGCCGUUUCGGUGACAGAGCGUCUCUUCAAUUUUGUAAAUUAUUGUCGAUUCACGGAUUAAGUUAUCGGAAUCAUUAAAGUCAUUGGAGAGAGGUGAAUACGUUUUUUUUUCGGGAUAACGGCACUGUAAACGUGCAGGUAACCAGCGGGUAACAGACUGAGGACAUCUCAUCACUGCUGGGAAUUUUACAAUCACAGAGGCUGAGCGUCCUUCUUCUUCGAAAAUUAGAGCAAAAUGGAGCUUCUCUGGGUCUGUCUGUUUCUGGAGAUGGUCCUGAUGUCCACUGCUGCCAGGGGUCCCCCCAGGGUGUCAGAGCGGGUGGCCCACCGGCAGAGCAUCCGCCUCGGUCGCACCAUGAAGCUGCCCUGCCCUGUGGAGGGCGACCCCCCGCCUCUCAUCAUGUGGACCAAGGACGGUCGCAACAUCCACAGUGGCUGGACACGGUUCAGGGUGUUACAACACGCUUUGCGAAUUAAAGAUGUGGAGACUGAGGAUGCGGGAACGUACAUCUGUAAGGCCACCAACGGCUUUGGCAGCGUGAACAUCAACUACACACUCAUCGUUAUAGACGACUCCAGCUCAAGAGGUGGAGCAGGGACAGCCAAUGGGGACUCGGAACACGCCCCAGAGCUGGCGGGGAAACUGGUACGUCCACGUUUUACCCAGCCGGCAAAGAUGAGGAAGCGCGUCAUUGCUCGCCCGGUGGGCAGCUCAGUGCGCCUGAAGUGCACAGCGAGUGGUAACCCUCGCCCCGACAUCGUCUGGCUGAAGGACAGUCGGCCGCUGGUGGACGAGGACUCUGGAGCAGGAGGAGGUGGAGGAGACGGGAAGAAGAAGAAGUGGACUCUAAGUCUGAAGAACCUGACGCCGGAGCACAGCGGGAAGUACACCUGCCACGUCUCCAACAGAGCAGGAGAGAUCAAUGCCACCUACAAAGUGGAAGUCAUACAGCGUACCAACUCCAAACCCAUCUUGACUGGUACUCACCCUGUCAACACCACCGUGGACUACGGAGGAACCACGUCUUUCCAGUGUAAAGUCCGUAGUGACGUCAAGCCGGUUAUCCAGUGGCUUAAAAGAGUCGAACCUGGUGAUGAGAACAAAUUUAACUCCACCAUAGAGGUCGGAGACCAUCGCUUUGUGGUGCUGCCGACAGGAGAGGUGUGGUCACGUCCUGAUGGGUCUUACCUCAACAAGCUGCUGAUAACCAGAGCCAAGGAGGAGGACGCUGGCAUGUACAUCUGCCUGGGAGCCAAUACUAUGGGCUACAGCUUCAGGAGCGCCUACCUGACUGUCCUACCAGAUCUGAAGCCCCCAAUCAACUCCGUACCCACAGCAACGUCCCCGAGCCUGCCCUGGCCUGUCAUCAUUGGAAUCCCAGCAGGUGUCGCCUUCAUCUUAGGCACCGCCCUCCUCUGGUUCUGCCAAUCAAAACGCACCUGCUCUUCUUCUUCCCCUUCUUCCUCCUCUGCUCUGCCUGCUGCUCAACGUCUACCUGCGGCCAACCGUGACCGAGCCUGCCCAACGCUGCCUCCUCAACCGGCCAACGGGGAUAAAGAUUGUCUUUCAUAUGAGGACUACGUUGCCCAUCAGCAGCUGCUCCUGGCUCAAGGAGGCGCUGCAUUGGCUCCGAAGGUCUACCCGAAGAUCUACACGGAUAUUCACACGCACACACAUUCGCACGUGGACGGGAAAGUGCACCAGCACCAGCACAUUCACUACCAGUGUUAGCGGCGAGGCUAGCAGCGAGCUCUGGUGUUUUCACAUUCAGCUCUUACAUGAGCAUGUUCCUGUGCAUGCAGACUCAGUCACAACAGUCUGACAUACAAAGCAAAGAACAAGGAAAGCCACAUGCAAGAGACCGUUCAGAUUCUGACACAGAAAAAGAAACAUGGGAUCAUGCAAUCCUUCCUCAUUUUGCUGCAGCAUAUGUUGUGUGCAAAUGGACUUACUCAAGACACAAACAAUGAAGAAUGUAAAGAGAGAAAAACAAAGAUCUUUAUUUUUAGCCAACCUGGGAGCCAAUCCACUGCAAUCUAUGAGAGAAAAAUCACAAAAUGUUUUAUUUCCUCUGUAAAUGUAUAAAUCUCUCCCUUCUUGCUCAAAGGCCUUAUUUGAAGCAACAAUGAACUCACAGCUUCAAGGUAACUUUACAGCAACCCACCAAUUUAUCUGCCUCUGUUCUUUUUGUACUAUGGAUAAAACCACAACCUCCUCAGUAACAGUUCAAAUACAGCUCGCUUACACUGCAAAGCUCCAAAUAUAGCUAGUCAUGUAUAUAGUGGAAUAUGAUUAUAUGGCAUUUAGCAUGCUACUUCAUCCUGGGUAAUCUAUAAAGAACAAUAUAGCAUGUGUGUAAUGUAAUAGCUUAAUUUCAGAGUAUAUCUCAGGCGUCAGCCCAACUGAGCCAUAAGAACGACAACUCAAGACAAACGCCACUGUAUCCACACCCUCGGUAAAGAUGAGGGCUGCUGGUUUUCACUUCUGCUGGGCCGACAGCUGUUCUGAUAGAUGUCCAGCUGCUAUCUGGGUGCUGUGUGAAGAAAAAAAAAAAAGAGCUGAUGUCAACCUCUUUUAAUAGAUUAAUUUUAGCAGCAGCUACAAUGUGAUUUCUGCUACAACCAAGGACCCCCCCCUCGCCCUCCCCCUCCCCCUCCAGACUGCGGUUUCAAAGGUAAUCAUUAGAUUUCAUGUACUGACCGUUUUCUUCCCAGAGAGUGGUGGCAUUUCCUGUUUGUAAUGUCUCCUUUUCGGCUUUGUUUGAUGCAUGCUGACUUCACAAGUGAGAGGGAUGAAGGAUAUCGGUGCUCGUCAUGUCAUGUUCAACCUCUUUUAGCGAACAGCACAAAGGGAUCAACAGCAAUGCCUCAGUGUGAAAUGGUGCCUUCCGAGAAUUGUUUCCAGAUUUCAUGGAUCACUCUGGGAACUUCGUAUAUAUCGCAGGUUCUUGUUAAUCUGUUUUAAGGGGCUUAAAAGAGAGAGACUUCAACUUUGCAACUCUGAAAACCCUCAGCUCCUCUUCUGGAGACAUGUCUCUUGUUUUAAUCUAAAGAAGUAAAGUCUUGGAUAAUGGGCUGCCGUCUCACCUGCAGCACCGUCUAUCACCCUGAUAAAGAAAAUUGAAAAUGUUGCAAUCAACACCUUAAAGAUACUUUAAAGGUAAAAUAAUGUUAAACAGCUUGUAACUGAAUGUCAGUAUUGUAAUUGUUAAAUUUAGAGCCUUAUAUUGUGCAGAGAGUCUUUCAUGUAGAUGGAUGUUGAUCUAAAAGUAUACAAACUUGUCUUGUUGCUCUACAAUGGCAAUGAGUUACAAUAGUGGUCAAAUAAGUAUCUGUCAUGUUUGAGUUUACACUAAUUUUACCAACCAGCCUUAAGAGAUUUUUAAAUAAUGAGAUCUGACAAACAUGUUUUAACUGGAUUUACAUGUGAAUUUUAUGCCGUUUCUCACUAUUUGAGUACAAUUUGAUCCCCAAGGUUUCAAUGUCAACCCCAUGUUAAAGCCCCGACACACCUACACUGCCACAGGUGGUGCCACUUAUUUUAACUAUCUAGACCUCUCCACAGGACGAGGUGCGCAUGCACAGACUCAGCUCGACUGAUGUUUCCCUCACUCUUCUUUAAAUGUUGAUGCACUUUUCAGCGUGGGAAACGCAGCUGCUUCAUCAUUCUCUUUAAUACAGUGAAUUUGGUGAACUUAGGUAAUGCAGUCCUAAUGCAGUUCCUCCUGACUUCAUCUUGAGCAGAGGGCUGAUCAGCUAAACUGAAAACAUCUGUGUGUUUGCACAGGGUCUGUUUGUCAGUGAGGUCAUCAGCAGGUGUAAGGACUAAAGCAAUUAGUACACAAUAUAACGAUCCAAGGCUAAGACGUUUUGCUAGUCAGCGUCUGCUCAAGCAGGAGAGAGGAGAUGGUGUAUUUGAGACCCAAGGCAACAGGAGAAAGGCGUUAAAACGAAUCAAGCCCAUGAACUUGUUUUUUUUUUUUUUCUUUACAAGCAGUAAAAUCCAAAAUCUAAAGAUUACUUUUAAAACUGCAGCUGCAAAAGCAUCAAAAUCCCCUGUAAAAGUAGUAGGAGUAGAGUUUUACUUUUUCACAGUACAGCAGUUUGCUGGGUUUUCUUGUUGGAGGUGUUUAAAGAGACUCUGAUCACCAUGUUCUCUAGUUUGGAUGACUUUUACUCUCAGCAUAUCAUUGCAUUAUUGGUCUCAGUGCCCCUGGAGGUUGUUGGGAAGUUUCUUCUGAACCAGCCCAUGAUGAACUCGUUUAGACUGACCAGAACCUCCGUGAAAAUAAAAACCAGCCGCGACAAACCUUCUCAGUACGCAGCCAUUUGUAACAGACUUGCUCUUUCUCAGGUGUCCAUCUUUUUGUUCCUGUGUGUGCUCAUGACUCUGACCACUAAAGAAAAACUGUGUAAAAUGAUAUCCUCAGAUAAGAUUUAGGUUUCAGCUGUUUUACAUUACAGCUCUCUCUGAAAGCCACACUCGGCCGUGUGCAUGCUUGAAGAAGUGGGGUGACUCUGUCCAGAGAUGUUUAAACAUGAAAUAAAAUGUGGGGAAAUGUAUAAUUGUACUGUAUAUAUGUGAAAUAUGAAAGAAAGUGUUGGCUGGUCAUGUAGUUGAUUGUAUUUGUACUGUAUUUAGUUACCGUUUCCCUCAGUAGGUCUCUCUUCAGGACAUCUAAAACACAACGGUGAGAACUUUACAAGUGUGUUUAAACAACCGUGUGACAGGAAGUGAUAUAUUGAGAUCACCUGGUGAACUCAGUUACACAUGUGGUCGUUAUUCAGCAUAUAUUUUUGCACAUGACUCUUUAAGCUCAAGUUGGAAAAUGUACAAAUAUAUUGAUAUGGAUAAAUCAUAUAUGCCCUUUUAUUUUUUAUAAUACUCACUGGUACGCUGUUUAAGUCGCCUCAAGAAAAUUGAUUUGAUACCUGUGAAGUUCUCUGUCUGUUGUUACUCACGGAUUUUGCAAAUAUACAAAAUAUAUCUGUUCUGAUGCUUAAGUGCAAAUUAAAAGCAUACAAGUCACAGCAAGCCUCUCACCAUAUUGUCCUCAUAAUUCAUCCUUCCAGCAGGUUCCCCCUCUUCCCCUGUAUAAACCCACUAAAGUAAAGCAUAUGACAGCAAAGACAAAGUGUAUUGUGCUGUCUAAGUGAUUAUUGUACAGCUCCAAAGGGAAACACUUUUACAGUAUAUGCCUCUAUAGCAACAGCUUUAAUUGAACAUAGCAUUUGAAAUACUGAAUUUGUUCUCUCCUUUUUGAGAUGUUUUUCUUGUCCUCCCCAUCUUUUCUCUUUUGAAACGUCUCCUGACAAAGUCACCCUGAACAUCAGCUGGAGUUAUUUCACUUUGAAGUUUUUCCUCUCUGUCCAACAGCAAGAUUUUCUCCAGCCACUGCUAUUUUUUUUUUUUUCUCACAUGUAAGUUUUAUGUGUCGAAGCUAAUGGACUGCCAAUAGACAGACUGUAAAUAUGUGCACUUACCAUUAGGAUGUACAUGAAAGGAAAUUAGUGUUAGGUAUUUUAGUGAGGAUGCUUUGGACCAUACCGUAACUCUGGCAACACAUUGACCCACAAAACAAAACAAUGAACGUGUGCUUCUAAUUUAUUUUCUUUUAAACGUGUUUGUUAUUUUCAUAUAAUUGGGCAUUAUACUGCAUGAGUGGAUUUUGUGUUAUAGUCAUAAUGUAAGCUAUGUGGCAAACACCAUGUUCAUGUCAUUGUAAGAUACUGUAUUUAUACAUGCUGAUGGAAUAUACGAAAUUUUAUCGAUAAUCUUUGUAUCGACAAUCUUGUACAGUCUAUUAUCACUUAGGAUAAAAAUGUGUUUUCUCUCAUUGUAAUCACGUUAUUGGUGCCAUUAAAAAAAGUCAAAUCUC